UAUCUCAAUACAAAAAGGGUAAAGAUUCUUUAUAUGCCCAAGGCAAAAGACGAUACGAUCGUAAACAAUCAGGUUAUGGUGGCCAAACCAAACCCGUGUUUCACAAGAAAGCCAAGACCACCAAAAAAAUCGUUCUUCGAUUAGAAUGUCAGAGUUGCAAGUAUAAACACCAAAUUGCUCUUAAACGAUGCAAACAUUUCGAACUUGGUGGUGAUAAAAAGACCAAGGGUGCCGCUCUUGUUUUUUAG